GUAUAUUACCUCUCUCUGGAAUUUUACAUGGGCCGAACAUUACAGAACACCAUGAUCAACCUUGGCCUGCAAAACGCCUGUGAUGAGGCCAUUUACCAGCUUGGAUUGGAUAUGGAGGAGUUAGAAGAAAUUGAAGAGGAUGCCGGACUUGGCAAUGGUGGUCUUGGGAGACUUGCUGCCUGCUUCUUGGACUCCAUGGCAACCCUGGGACUUGCAGCCUACGGAUACGGCAUCCGGUAUGAAUACGGAAUCUUCAAUCAGAAGAUUCGAGAUGGAUGGCAGGUAGAAGAAGCAGAUGAUUGGCUCAGAUAUGGAAACCCUUGGGAGAAGUCCCGCCCAGAAUUCAUGCUGCCUGUGCACUUCUAUGGAAAAGUAGAACACACUAAGACCGGAACCAAGUGGAUUGAUACCCAGGUGGUCCUGGCUCUGCCCUAUGACACCCCAGUUCCUGGGUACAUGAAUAACACCGUCAACACCAUGCGCCUUUGGUCUGCUCGGGCACCGAAUGACUUUAACCUCAGAGACUUUAACGUUGGAGACUACAUUCAGGCUGUGCUGGACCGAAACCUGGCUGAGAACAUCUCUAGGGUCCUCUAUCCCAAUGACAAUUUUUUUGAAGGGAAGGAGCUCAGAUUGAAGCAGGAAUAUUUUGUGGUGGCCGCAACCUUGCAAGAUAUCAUCCGACGUUUCAAAGCCUCCAAGUUUGGUUCCAGCGACGGUGCAGGCACUGUGUUCGAUGCCUUUCCAGAUCAGGUGGCCAUCCAGCUGAACGACACUCACCCUGCACUCGCCAUCCCUGAGCUGAUGAGAAUUUUUGUGGAUAUUGAAAAAUUGCCCUGGUCCAAGGCCUGGGAGAUCACCCAGAAGACCUUUGCCUAUACCAACCACACGGUGCUCCCAGAAGCCCUGGAGCGCUGGCCUGUGGACCUGGUAGAGAAGCUGCUUCCUCGCCAUCUGCAAAUCAUUUAUGAGAUAAAUCAGAAGCAUUUGGAUAGAAUCGUGGCCUUGUUCCCUAAAGACGUUGACCGCCUGAGAAGGAUGUCUCUGAUAGAAGAGGAAGGAGGCAAAAGGAUCAACAUGGCCCAUCUCUGCAUUGUGGGCUCCCAUGCUGUGAAUGGUGUGGCUAAAAUCCACUCAGACAUCAUCAAGACAGCAGUAUUCAAGGACUUCAGUGAGCUAGAACCUGACAAGUUUCAGAAUAAAACCAAUGGAAUCACCCCAAGACGCUGGCUCUUACUCUGCAACCCAGGGCUUGCUGAGCUCAUUGCAGAGAAAAUUGGGGAAGAUUACGUGAAGGACUUGAGCCAGCUGACGAAGCUCCACAGCUUCCUGGGUGAUGAUGUCUUCCUCCGGGAAAUAGCCAACGUGAAGCAGGAGAAUAAGCUGAAGUUUUCUCAGUUCCUGGAGAAGGAGUACAAAGUGAAGAUCAACCCAUCCUCCAUGUUUGACGUCCAGGUGAAGAGAAUCCAUGAGUACAAGCGGCAGCUCUUGAACUGCCUGCAUGUGAUCACCAUGUACAACCGCAUUAAGAAAGACCCUAAGAAGUUAUUCGUGCCAAGGACAGUUAUCAUUGGUGGUAAAGCUGCCCCAGGAUAUCACAUGGCCAAAAUGAUCAUAAAGCUGAUCACCUCAGUGGCAGAUAUAGUGAACAAUGACCCCGUGGUUGGAAGCAAGUUGAAAGUCAUCUUCUUGGAGAACUACAGAGUAUCUCUUGCUGAAAAAGUCAUUCCAGCCACAGAUCUGUCAGAGCAGAUCUCCACUGCAGGCACCGAAGCCUCAGGGACAGGCAAUAUGAAGUUCAUGCUCAACGGGGCCCUGACCAUCGGGACCAUGGAUGGGGCCAACGUGGAAAUGGCAGAGGAAGCCGGGGAAGAGAAUCUGUUCAUCUUUGGCAUGAGGGUAGAUGAGGUGGCCGCUCUGGACGAGACAGGGUACGAGGCAAAAGACUAUUACGAGGCACUUCCAGAACUGAAGCUGGUCAUUGAUCAAAUUGACAAUGGCUUUUUUUCUCCCAAGCAGCCUGACCUCUUCAAAGACGUCAUCAACAUGCUCUUUUACCAUGACAGAUUUAAAGUCUUUGCAGAUUAUGAAGCCUAUAUCAAGUGUCAAGAAAAAGUCAGUCAGCUGUACAUGAAUCCCAAGGCCUGGAACAUGAUGGUACUCAAAAACAUAGCUGCCUCAGGGAAAUUCUCCAGUGACCGAACAAUCAAGGAAUAUGCCCGGGACAUCUGGAACAUGGAGCCUUCGGAUCUAAAGAUUUCCCUAUCCAAUGAAUCUAGCAAUGGAGUGAACAAAGUCGAUGGAAAUUGAAUUGUGAAGUGUCUCUAGAAAACAUAGCUUCCUAUUGAACUUGAACAUUUUUACAACAUUCAUUGAUUUUCUUUUUGUUACCUAAUAAUCUAGUUAAAUAUCCCUGGGAUUGGGGAGGGAAAGCAUAUAACCAUAUUAUGACCAAAAAUAAAGCGUCAAUUUCCAAAGGCUA